AUCUAGUCGGUCUGCUAUAACGGAGCAUACAGUCAGAACACAACGCGCGGAGCAGGAGGCCACUCAACAGCCGCUCGUGGGAACCACCUAGGAUCAGAGUAUUGGAGCAGCAUACAAAGCAUGGAAUACUGAAGUUCCCAGCUCUUUAAGGACCGUAUGAUAUGUUUGAAUAAUAUCCAGAGUCUACUGGGGAACGCAUAAACUGGGGGAAUUGUAAAUACCUUGGAGUUCUUUGAAUUUUCGCAUUACGUUAGUGAACGUUCGCUCAGUUGUUUCGGAGUUUGGACGAAGAUCUGGCUCAUUAUCUUCUAGUAGAAACAAAAGCGAAGGGCUGCAGUCGUCUACCUGUUGAAAUCAUGAGUCAGGCGGACAUGACUUGCUCUGCGCGUCAAAGAGUGUUUCAGGAAGCGCUCAGGAAGGGCAAUACUAAGGAACUCCAUUCUCUACUGCAAAACAUGACAAACUGUGAAUUUAACGUGAACUCGUUCGGACCCGAGGGACAGACGGCGCUGCAUCAGUCCGUGAUCGACGGCAACCUGGAGUUAGUAAAGCUACUGGUGAAGUUUGGCGCAGACAUCCGUCUGGCCAACAGAGAUGGAUGGAGUGCCCUGCACAUAGCAGCGUUUGGUGGACACCAAGACAUCGUUCUUUACCUCAUUACACGGGCCAAGUACUCAUCAAGCGCGCUCUGAGGCAAUCAAAGAAGAUCUGACGCUGUACCUUCAAGCCUAUCAUAUAUAUUUGACCCCCUUGUGCCAAAGUAAAAGACAGCUUGUGAUGUAAUGUAUUUAGGAAAUUGAUAUCGAUAGGCACAGAAUUCAAAUCCAAAAGGCUAUUUUUGAUAACGUUGGGUUGGUACAAUGUCAUGGAUGUGCUUUGCCAACUUUGGAUGCAUGAUGAAAACGAUUGCUGUGUUAUUUAUAGAUUUUUUGAGAAUAUGACAAAUUGAACAGUCGUAUCAAAUUAAGAAAGAUGACACUAGGUGGUCCUACACGGUGACUAGACUCAGGGUGCUAAUUAUGGGGGGUCUGACUCUUUAAUUAAGGCUUGAACCCACCAAAACAACGGUGGUUUUGAAAGUUUGUAAGCGUGUUCUUUUUACAUACAUUUCAAAAAACGUUUUAAGAACUUUAAAACAUUUCAGAAUAUGCGUUCGUAAAUUCGAAUUCGGUUUAUGAGGUAACCAUAGCAACGAUUUGAAAACACUUUUACGCUAAAUUCAGUGUCAAACAGUGAGUAUAUUUUCUCAACUACUGUCAUUAUUUUAUCAUUUUAUUAUAGAUUUUCACAUCACAGAUACUUCAUGUGUUUUGUUUUAAACAUUUAAAAAGUGACGUUUAGCUACCUGUAUACAAAAUACGUGCGCGAAACCAACUUAAAAACAUUUCUGACAUAUCUGACAGACAUUUCUAAGAAAAGUCGACCCCCCUCGAUAAAUAAUUCGCACACUGACUAGACUGACAUAAAUAUUCCUGUACAGACUUACAUUAUGUACACAUUCUCUGCAUGUUGUCUAAAAAACAGGGACUGAUGUCUGACUGAUACCUCAACUGUAAUGCAUUAUUGCAAUGUUGGUCAUCAAGUUUAGUAUCAUAGUUCAUAAAGGAUCUCUCACCUCUUCCAUGGAAAUAUUCACACAAACAGUUCCCGGUCCAUACAAUACCAAACAGGACUGCAUUUUGGCAUUGUUUGUCGAGUCAUAGUUAUGGAGUUCCUAUGUGAACUAAGUUUCUGACACUAAACCUUUUUAUUUCUUGUUUUAGCUGAUCCACACAUUUCAAGCCACACUGUUUUGUAAUUGAGAGGUUGUAUAGAUCAGUGUAUAGACUGCACUGUAUCCGGCCUUGUCUUCUUAGACCCCUUGUCAACUCAGGCAAGAUGUGGUAAGGUAUAAAUAUGUUGUGACUUUUGAAACGCUUCAAAGCCAGUAUAGAAAUAUGCAUCACUUAUACUUGAGAAUGUUUUAAAUAUUGCACUGAUGGCUGUUUUAUAAGUUGUUGGUGUCGUGCCAACUUUUAAAGAUACUAUUUUUCUAAAUGGAAAAACAAUGCUUAUUGUAUGGAAGCUCCAGGGUGGUUUUCACUCAUUCUUUGCAAAGGCUUUUAUAUGCCUGUGAACUGAAUUACUGUAUGUGUAAUUGCGUAACACACUCUGCUUGAAUGUCCCUCCAUAAGUAAUGUCAAACAUAUAACAACUAUGGCAGUGUUACUGGGCAUCCUUUUGACACAAUGGGAGAACAUACAAGUAAAGUGUCCAGAAAAAUCUUGGAGCACUUCCUAUCUGAAGUCCCAUCCUCCUCUUUUUAAGGGGGAUGCUACAUGGUAAAACCAGUGUAACAAGACGUUGCACAAUGCACAAGUCUUUACUUGAUAAUGCCAUAACAUUUAUGACAUGAAAGUAAAAGUAACUUCUUUGAUUGAGAUAAAAGUCAAAUGACUGUGAUUUGUUUUUGUUAGCUUUUUUUGGACCAACUUUUGAAAUAUUAUUUUCAUCCAAGAGAAGUUUGGAAAAGGGCCUCUCGUAAUGGUUUUGUCUUUUGUGAAUUGUUAUUUUGUUGUGUUUUUUAUAUCUGUUUAGCUGUUUAUGUUUUGAAUGAUGUAAGUGGUCAUAUUUUAAAUAUAUUACUUGCUGUAUUUUGUACUUUUUGUACAAAGGCAUUUUAGAUAUUAAAUUCUGUGGUUUUAAGGAAAUUACUGGUGUAAUGCAUAG